AUGGGCACAGCUUCUUCCAGAGAAUCCCGUAAAAUAGAACACAAACACAAGCAUGCUGAACGCGACUCAUCUAGUGGCUCUGAGAAGGACGAGAUAAGAGCAGAAGAAGAGAAGAAAGCGAAGAAGAAGCAUAAGAAAAAGAAAUCAAAAGAAUCGAAAAAGAAGCACACUCAUUCGUCAUCUGAUGGCGAAGAUUCAGACGAAGAAACUCAUAAGAAGAAGAAAGCAAAGAAAUCCAAAAAGAAGAAGAAGCACAGUGAAAAACACAAAAAGAAGCACCACGAGUCGGAGAGCAGUGCAGCGUCAGAUCAUGAUUCUCAUGCCAGUGAGGAGGAAAAGAAGGAGGAGAGAAAGAAGGCGGAUGAAACUAAAAAGACGGAGGAUAGGGGAAGAGAGCGAUCACCAGAGCUGAAAAGAGAACGCGAAAGAUUGAUAGAGGAGAAGGAGGAGAAAAAGAGACGUUCCGACGAGCUUCUGGAAAAACCUGCAGAGAAGGAACGUCGCGAGAAAGAAAAGGAGAAAACAGAAAGGUUUAAAGGAGAAAGCCCAUCUGCCGAAGACCGAAAUGCUCGUCGACGAAAACACGAAUCUCUGACAGAGGAGUCACCUUCACCGGAAAAGAGAAAAACGCAAGCAGAAGAGAAGAAAAGAAGUGGAGGUGAUAGGUCCUUUGAAUCGCAAUCGCGAAAGGAGAGAAGCAAAUCACCGCCCAAAAGAGGAAGGAGUAGGUCUCCAUCAAAAAGAGAAAGGAGCAAGUCUCCUGCACGAAGGGAGCGAAGCAAAUCUCCGGGACGACAGUCCGAGAAGCGGCGUAGAGAAAGAUCUCGUGAACGAAGUAGAAGCCCUCGCGAUAGGAGAAGGAGUCCUCUUAGGCCACCAGUUCGUUACGAACGAUGGCGUCGCGAAACUUACCUCGACAACCGUCGCUGGGAUGACCGAAGACGUUGGCAGGAUCAGCGCCGACGCAGAGAUGAUUCACGUGAACGGCGAAGAGAUGAUUCGAGAGAACGAAGGCGUCGUGAUGAUUCGCGUGAAAGAAGAAAGAGAAGUCGUUCAAAAGAGAGGGAGGAGAGCCCAAAAAUGUGGCCGAAGAAGGUGAAGAAGGAAGUAAGCUCGUCUGAAGAAUCGGGAGGCGAGGAAAGAUUAAGCUCUCCAGAAAAUAGAACGAAAGCAGCUUCACCAACUUCGAGAAAGAGGAUGUCGCCUGACCUGAAACGGGUGCGAAGGGAAAAUUCACCAAGACAACAUAGGUGGGAAUUUUGAAA